AACAAUUCCAUAUUAAUAUGUAUACAAUUUCAACUCAUCAGAAAUCAUAUAGAAAAGAAUUUUGAAUUCUUCUCAAGUGUAAUGUUGAAUGUUCAUAGAGCCACAGAUCUUAUGUUUCCAGGAGAAUACGAACUUGAAGAGGCAAGAUAUGGAGAGCGAUGGGAUGGCAAGAGCCUGAAUGGGCAUUGCAAAACUAUCUUUGAUAUCCUUGAUGAUCUUGAGAAAGCAAUUGCAGCAAAACACCUCCAUAGUCAAGGAUCAGGUAUAACAAACCAUCUGCAACACCGAUGGUAUGAAACAUUUGUUUCAUGGCUGGUGGAAGCUAAAUGGAGUCGGAGUCAAUGCGUGCCAUCAAUGGAAGAAUACCUUGCAAUGGGUAUGACAUCUGUUGCACAUACAAUGGUUCUUCCAAUUUCUUGUUUCUUGACUCCAAGUAUUCGGAAUCACAAACUCCAACCAAACCAAUAUGAGACACCCACCAAAUUGCUCAUGUUCAUAACUCGCUCGUCGAAUGACAUUCAAAGAUACCAGGAGGAAGAAGAGCAAGGAAAAUUGAACACUGUGCUGCUAUAUUUGAAUGAAAAUCCCAAGGCAGAUAUUGAAGACUCAAUUGCUUAUGUGAAAGGAGUGCUAGAGACGAAGAAGAAAGAAUUACUCCAACAUGCUGUCAUUGAUGGCUUGAGUGAUCUGCCAAAACAUUGCAAGCAGCUUCAUCUAUCACGCCUGAAAGUAUUUGCGAUGUUUUUCCAUUCAAGCAACCGAUAUGAUAAAGAGGACACAGAAAUGCUUAAAGGCAUUCAACAAGCAAUCUGUAGUCCUCUACUUGUUGGGAACAUCAAAGGUAUUGACAAAUUAAGAAGCCUCUUGCUUUCUUAUUCUGGUUCAAAGGAACAUAGAAUAAUCAACUCUGAAUUUGGUCAGCACUCCAAAUAUCACAGCAGGAGAGUCAUAGCUAGUCCUUUCUCCCCAAUAUCAAGGCGUAGAUGUGAUACUUUGUUCAUGCCACCAAAAUUUAGACUGUCUUUAGUUUGAAACAGUAUUUACUAGGUGUAACAUUGCAAAAGUAGUAUAUCUCUUGUGCAAUAAUAUUCUCAAUGAAUGUCAUGUACCCUUGUUUUCUUCAAAAUCUAUGCAAUAAGAAAAAUGGAAAUCCUGAACAAAGACUCUAGUGAAGUGUUCACCUUCUCCUUUCAAGGGAUGAUUGUGUUGAAGUAUGUUGUUCCUUGGGAGUGUGAAGAAUUUGAGUUCCACAUUGAAGAAAUAUAAAAAGAAAGAAUGACU